AUGCGUGGCUCCAAUGGCUCAUGGACAAUGUGGUCCAAUCUUCUCUUCCUCCUCGCAACGAUAUGUAGCCUCAUCACGCCGGCCGUGACGGUGAAGCACGAGAACUUCAAGACCUGCGAUCAGUCCGGCUUCUGUAAACGAAAUCGCCUCUACGCCGAUAAUGCUCUCUCGACCUCGACAUGGGAAUCUCCUUACCAACUCGAGCCAUCAACGAUCAAGUUCAACGAUGGCAUCCUUACCGGGAUUGUCAACAAGAAGCUCGCGAGCUCAGAGACCAUCCGUCUCCCAUUCAAGCUCGCCUUCUACGAAUCAGGAGUUGCUCGCGUGACCAUUGAUGAGGAGAAGCGUCAAAAGGGUGAAAUCGAGCUUCGACAUGACAGCAAGGCCAGGAAGGAACGAUAUAAUGAGGCGGAGAAGUGGGCUAUCGUAGGUGGAACGACAGUCAGUACUACUGCUGCCAUUUCGAAAGAUGCGGACAAGGACACAACGAAAGUGGUGUAUGGUGCUGGGAGCAAGUUCGACGCCAUCAUCCGACACUCUCCCCUCAGCAUCGACUUCAGACGAGACGGCGAGAUUCAGAUCAAAUUCAACGACAAGGGUCUGCUCAAUGUUGAGCACUGGCGGAGGAAGGUGGAGAAGAAGGCGGAAGAGCAGAAUGGAACGGACGAUGCAGCAGCAAAGACAGAGGACAAAGUUGCCGGAGAGGACGAGAGCACAUGGUGGGACGAGGCUUUUGGAGGCAACACCGACACUAAGCCUCGUGGACCGGAGUCCGUGGCAAUGGACAUCUCCUUCCCAGGCUACGACUUCGUAUAUGGAAUUGCUGAGCACGCUGGGCCUCUGGCGUUGAAGGAGACUCGUGGAGGAGACGGCAAAUACUCGGAGCCCUACCGCAUGUACAACGCCGAUGUAUUCGAGUAUGAGAUGGACAGCCCGAUGACUCUGUACGGCAACAUUCCGUUCAUGCAGGCGCAGAAGAAAGAUUCCACCGUUGGCGUGUUCUGGUUGAACGCAGCAGAGACCUGGGUCGACAUCACCAAGACCUCAACCCUCGCCAAUGCUAUGAGUCUAGGAAUCGCAGGCGACAAGACCACCAACACCCACUGGAUUAGCGAGAACGGUCUCCUCGAUGUAUUCGUCUUCCUCGGACCCACUCCUCAGGAUGUCCUCGGAGCAUACACUGAGCUCACAGGAACCCAACAACUCCCUCAACACUUCUCCAUCGCCAGCCAUCAAUGUCGCUGGAACUACGUCACAGAUGAGGAUGUCCGUGAUGUCGACAAGAAGUUCGACAAGCACCGCAUCCCAUACGAUGUCAUCUGGUUGGAUAUUGAAUACACCGACGGAAAGAAGUACUUCACAUGGGACUCCAUGACCUUUCCCGAUCCUCUCGGCAUGCAGAAACAGCUCGAUGAGCACGAUCGUAAGCUCGUCGCCAUCAUCGACCCUCACAUCAAGAACGAGGGCGGCUACCCCAUCGUCGACGAACUCAAAUCAAAAGGUCUCGCCGUGAACAACAAAGAAGGCAACAUCUACGAAGGAUGGUGCUGGCCUGGCAGCAGUCACUGGGUCGACUGCUUCAGUCCCGCCGCUCGUAAAUGGUGGGCGGACCUCUUCCAAUAUGCCAAAUUCCCAGGCUCCGCCAAGAAUCUCUUCAUCUGGAACGACAUGAACGAGCCCUCGGUCUUCAACGGCCCAGAGACAACCAUGCCCAAGGACAACCUGCACCACGACAACUGGGAGCACCGCGACGUCCACAACCUCAACGGCAUGACCCUCAUCAAUGCCACCUACGAAGGUCUCCUCGCUCGCUCCCCAGCCGAGCAGAAACAGAACGUCCGGCCCUUCGUCCUCACACGCUCCUUCUUCGCAGGGUCCCAACGUCUCGGCGCAAUGUGGACCGGCGACAACCAAGCCGAAUGGUCCCACCUCGCCGCCUCCAUCCCCAUGACCCUCUCAAUGGGCAUCUCCGGCUUUCCCUUCGCCGGCGCUGACGUGGGCGGCUUCUUCGGCAACCCCGACAAGGAGCUCCUCACGAGAUGGUACCAAGCCGGCAUCUUCUACCCCUUCAUGCGCGCGCACGCCCACAUCGACACCCGUCGGAGAGAGCCUUAUCUCGCUGGAAGUCCUUACACAGAGAUCAUCACCCAAGCCAUUCGUCUCCGCUACGCCCUGCUCCCAGCUUGGUACACCGCCUUCCAUGAGUCCCACAUGACCGGCGCGCCUAUCAUCCGUCCACAUUACUACGUCUUUCCCGGCGACGAAAAGGGUUUCGCCAUUGAUGACCAAUUCUUCAUCGGUUCCACCGGCUUGCUCGCCAAACCCGUCACAACGCCUGAGACGACAGCGCAGAAAAUCUACCUCGCGGAUAAGGAGGUCUACUAUGACUACUUCGACUUCUGGACGUAUCAAGGUCCCGGCGAAGUCAAUGUCAACGCUCCGCUGGAUGUCAUCCCACUGCUCAUGCGAGGAGGACACAUCUUCCCCCGUCGCGACCGACCAAGGCGUAGUUCUGGACUGAUGAAGUACGAUCCUGUGACUCUGGUCGUUGUGCUGGGCCACAGUGGAGAUGCGGAGGGAACGCUGUAUCUGGAUGAUGGGGAGUCGUUCGACUAUGAACAAGGUGCUUUCAUUCACCGGUCAUUCAAGUACACUGCUGCGAGCAAGGAACUGGUGAGUGAAGACCUGACGCCGAAGGAGAAGAAGGGCAAGAAACAGGAGGCGUAUAAGAAGGUCAUGAAGGAUGUGCGGGUGGAGAAGAUUGUGCUUGUGGGGGUUCCGGAUGGAUGGGUUGGGAAGACGGAGGUUACUGUGGUUGAGGAAGGUGGGAAGGCUGAGAGGAAGGUGGCUGUGGAGGUGUUUGCCAAGGAGAAGGAGGGCAAAGCGGCUUAUGCGGUUGUUCGCGAUCCGGAGGUUAGAGUUGGGGAGGGGUGGAGGGUGAAGUUUGAGUGA